UUGAAAAAAGUGUUUGAAGUCAUGGAAGCGACAAGAGAUUGGCUAGUUUCAAUGUUCAGGGAACAUGUCGAUAUUUUUACCUCAGACACGACAGUGGCAGUAGCAACAGCAAUUAGUGUAAUAUUAAUGCUCAUUCUCGUACCGUUUGGAGCCAAAUUCAUGGUGAAGGGGUUGUCACUUGUUAUGUUUUUGGAGGGGAUAUUCUUCCUCCUCUUUCCGGAAGUAGGCUUCAGACUUUUCGCUGCGGAAAAUGUAGAGCCUGAUGUCCUCCAUCUUCAAGAAAUUCGCUCCCUUGGUAUUAUUGAUAUUGCAAUUGCCAUGACAUUCCUCUUGACCAUGAAGAGUUCAGAUAGCACUGUGCAUAGCAGUUACUUCUUUUCCAUAACUCUGUGCAUUGGAUGUUGUCUGAUGGUAGAAGGUGCUGGAUUGUUGAGAGGAAAUGCUAAAGUCAAUCAGAAUAUGCAGAACUUGGCUGUACACAACCUUCUGAUAUGGUUUGGUUUGUUUGUUUUCCACUCCAUUAGACAGAAGGAGUGGGGAGGUUAUGUUGAAGUCUCUACUUCCUGUCGCAACACUCACCUUCGAUUGGACUUCAUCAUCUGGUUUUUAUGUGGAAUCGUAGCUGUAGUCUUCCCACAAAAAAUAUACUCUUGUCAAGUGGCUUCAACGUUGACUUUGGAUUCUACCCAUGUUCACCAUGCCAGACUAAUGGGUGUAGGAUUCAUUACACUGGCCUUCAUGUCGGGCAGGGCCUCCAAUUUCUUACGGGAAGACGACAAGAAAGCUGUUCUUCUUAGCCAUGCAUUGGCAUGUGUCCUACUGUUGAUCACCAUGGGUUUGAACCAAAUCCUCACCACUUCCUUCACAAUAUGGCAUGUAGCCUUUGGAAUGACCACAGUGUUCCUAACACUGGCCAAUGCUCUUCUAGGAUCUGACCCAAAGCAGUUGGCAAAAACUGCCAGACAACAGCUGGGAAAGCUUGUACCAGUGAAACAAGAGUGAAGGUGUUUUUUGUAAACUACGUACUAUACAACCAUGGCAGCAAUACUGACAUUAUAUUGACUUGGCAGCAGCAUUUGUAUCAUUGACUUUUCAGCAUAGGCUCAUUGAUUUUAUAACUUACUUGUAACGGUAUAUGUAUACCUAUAUGUGUAAUUAUAUAUGGUACCAGUCAAAGUGCAACUGCAUUUCUAUAAUGAAUUUGUAGUUUAAAGAAAGUAGAAUUUCUCAGGAAAACCUUGUAUCUGAAGUUGUUUUUGAGCGGGCCAUGUCAUGAAAUAUAAGUUAUAUUAGCAUAAUAAAGAAAUGUUUUUGUAAACUGCAGAUAAAGACAUGGUGUUAUCUUGUAUUGUCUGACUCACUUACUGGUCAUUAAUGCUGUACACUAUACAAUUAUGAUAUGACUAAACAAAAAAUUGAAAAAGAAAUUAACAAACAAUAUUUAGACUUUGUAGGGUUACUUGGUGAAGAUAAGCAUAUUCACUAGAUUUUCUUGAUAUGUGCUACCUGAUGAGUUAUUUAAAAUGUAGCUGAAUUGAAAAUUAUGAUGAAAGAAACUCUGUAUGACCAUGAUUAUAAAAAAUGUUGAGUAAAUUACUAUUAAAACUGAAGAAUUUACCAAUUGAAAAGAAGAAAAAACAAUUUAGAUUAAGGCAGAGAAAUGGAAGAUUGUGUGUGAUUCCUAGUCAGAGUGCAGAUAAUAACCACGCAACAUAAUUCCUUUGUUUUCUUAACAAGGCACCGACUAUUUCAAAUCACUGUAAGAUUAAUUUGACUUUUGAAAUUCGUCAGAACUGAAUGACAGAAAUUUUCGGUUUCCCUAUUGUCAUUUUGAUUCAGUUCUAUAAAGUCGAGUUAGUUCAUACAGUUAUAAACAUUUCACAGGCUAUGUUCUUGGUCAAGUUCAUUGGAUAAUUCUUAUUGCCAUUUUUUUAAAAAACUUUUUUCUAAAUAAUCAAUUUUACUGAAUUUAUGCCAUCUUUUACUGGUUUAUUUCCUUGAAAUUUAUAAAUAGGAAGAUGUACAAAUGUUUAUAUAGAUAAGCUAUGAUCUUGUGUAUUUGAUUGUUAAGUUAUUAGUAAAAGGUGACAAGGAUAAAUUCAUUUAAAGCAAUUGCCUGUGUUAAUUGAAGAUGUCAUGUCCCUGCCAUAAAGGAAUAUAGAGAUCAGUCAAUCUUUUGUGUAUCAAAAUAUUGUAAUGUAUGCCUGUUACUUAGUCAAUAUUUAUGUUAAAUGAAUAUUACUAUAUACGCAACAGUUUUGCUUCAUAGUAUUAAUAUAUAUGCCAACUGUUUAUGCUGCAUGCAUGUCAAUUAUGUAAACAGCUUUGCUGCAUGUAUGUUAAUUGUAUUUACAACUACAGGUGUAAAAAAACAAAAUUUGCUAUGUCUUUAUAUUAUUUUAUUAUAUACAAAGUAUAUAAUGGUGUGAAUACUUCCAACAUUUUUAUACUCAAGUAAGGUAGAUAAUAACUACCUUUGACACAGUAGAAUUUUACACAUACUGGUUUACAUGUGUGUUGCAAUUAAAUGGCCGUGCUUUGAGAGUUUCAUAGGUUUAUAUUUCGUAUGACUUGUUUGUAGUGUGUAUUAGAAUAUUUUUUUACCUGUCUGUACAUCAUGGCUGUAGAUUUAGUCAUUAAUAUUAUCAUGCCUUAAUCUGAUGUCUAAAUAUUUUUAAG